GGAUUCCUUUUUCAAUCCAAAUACCCCUAGCCGUACAUAAAGAAUAGUCCAAAAGCUUAUAUACAACAGCAGAGCAGCCCCCAGCGCUGAAGGACAAAACGGGGAAAAAGUAUAUAUGCUAAGCGAGAUGCUCAUCCGUUGAUUAACCAAUCUAAUCACAGAUUUUAGUUAACCACCCUUCAAAACGAUCGGACAAUCAGCCCAUCAAACUACAAGCACGACCAGACCACCUGCUAUAUCACGAACAUGUCGUCUGAUACGCAAUCAUCCCUUUAGUUUUCUCUGACUUUUUUUUUUGGUUGGAAAAUAUCAGUAUUGCUCGAGAGUCAAACAGAAACCAAAAAAGCAUAGAUUGAAGGCAGAGCCAGGAGCUAGGAAGACUAAUCAGCUGAAAAGAAAAAUGGGUUCGGUCGCCAAGAAGGGAUUGCAGAAAUACUUGUUACAGCUUCAACAUCACCCUUUGAGAACUAAGGUUUCCUUUCUGUUAUAUGUUUUCUUUGUUUCAUGUGAAAAAGGGUUUGGGAUUUGUAGACUAAAAAAAGUUGAAAUUGAUCAAAAUUUGCAAAAACUGGUGCAGGCAAUUACGGCUGCGGUUUUGUCAGGGAUUAGUGACACUGUUUCUCAGAAGCUUUCUGGAAUACCCAGACUUCAGCUGAGACGUAUUCUUCUCAAAAUGCUCUUUGGAUUUGCUUAUCUUGGGCCAUUUGGACAUUACAUGUAUAUAUUACUCGAUAAAAUUUUCAAGGGGAAGAGAGAUUCCAAAACUGUUGCCAAGAAGGUUGUGCUGGAACAGUUGACAUCUUCUCCUUGCAACAACUUGCUCUUCAUGAUUUAUUAUGGGGUGGUCGUUGAGGGAAGACCCUGGAUGCAUGUGAAAACUAGAAUCAAGAAGGAGUAUCCCAAAGUACAAUUGACUGCAUGGACGUUCUGGCCAGUUGUGGGAUGGAUAAACCACCAAUAUGUGCCACUGCAGUUCCGUGUCAUUUUCAAUAGCCUCAUUGCUUUUUGCUGGGGAAUAUUUCUGAAUCUACGGGCAAGAUCUAUGGCAUUGCCCAAGAGUAAAUGAAUGAUCAGACACCUUCGGUUCAUUUGGAUUGAUUAAUAAUGCCAGCCCUGCAAUCCAUACUAUAAGCACGUUUUUAUGUAGCUUGAAGCUUAUUCUGUGCAACCAUGAGCUAAUAAAUAUAAAUGUUAAAUCUCAUUUUGUGGUACAUUGGUGGAAAGUUUGAAUGUUAAAUCUUAUUGUCUUGUAUCUUGGCGGAAAGUUUGAUUAUUAGCUUGAUCUUGACGUCGGUGUUUGGCUAAGCAAUAACAUUUCAGAAUCUGGGCUUUCUUCACGGUCUUACAUGUUACAUCAUAAUCAUGCGCUGAAUCGUUAAUUGAAAUGGCAAGAUGACGAUGUUAUGGCCUAAUAUAUGUUCCCUUUGUUAGGAAACUAGUAUCCAUUGCAUUCAAGAGACGUGAAUGAGCAAUGUUUCUUAAGUCUCGAGGCAUCCCUGUGGGCACCGUUGGGACAUUCAUACAUGAGAACAUGAUAGCCAGCCACAAAGCGAGGUCGUGAAUACUGGUUAGUCUAGGUUUUUGUUGGAAUUGUACCAUCCUGAACCGGCAAUCUUUGAAUAGAAUUUAGAUGGAGGCUGCUGAUUUAAGCAUUUGAUCUAAAUCCUAGCUUCAGGGUUCAACGUUACGUAGGGGUUCAUUUAGACCAGCUCUUUCAUUCAUGGCCAGCCGAAGACCACGUUGCAGCCUGUUCUAACCAUAAAAGAUUUCUUUGUUUUGGAAGUUGAAUUUGAUCAUCUUUCAACAAAUUUUUGUCUGCCUCAUGCUAAUUGGGACAUAGUUAUUUGUCAAGUAAAAGGGACGAGUGGGCCAAAAAGGGAUAAAAAAAAUGUAAAAAUGAACGUAA